CCGUCCAUCUGUCCAUCUGUCCGUCCACCCAGCCUCGUCCUGCAGCAUGGCACACCUCCUGGGUCACCCUGGCUGCAUGGCGAGCCUGCAGGCCGACCUGAGAGACCUGCAGGGAGCCAUCGCUGACGUCACCUCCCGCACUGGCCCAGCACGCUUCCCCUCCUGGAAGUUCCCCAACAAAGUGUCCUGUGAGCUGGAUCUGGUGGUGUUGCUGGAGAGGUACAGCCACGCCGAGGGCGACCCCGAGUUCAGCCAGCACGCACAUGUGGUACUGCUGGAGCUGGUGAUAGACAGGCUGCUGCUGCUGCUGCAGAGCUUCACGGGCUAUGCAGAAAACCUGCUCAGCGAGCGAGCUGUGCCCCCAGCGGAGGCAGUGGGACCCUGCAUGUCGGCGGGGCUGACGGUGAGGAGGUACUGGCACAGCAUGCUGCGACUGGGAGCCUGCUACCAGCAGCUUCAGAUUGAGAAGAAGACUUGCAGGAAGGAUACCGCUGCACUGCAAUCUACCUCUGAGGCUGAGAGAACUGCAAAGGAAUGCUUGAAGGACUGCUUGCCAUCUACUUCAGAGUCAAGCACACCCCCAGGUGCUGCCCAACCCAGCUCCCCGUGGCAGGCUGUCAGCAAUACCUCAGGCAGCUCCCAGCCCAGGUCUGCAUGGAGCACUGAGGGCAUCUGCAGCAUCCAUACACAGGCAGCAGAGCCUCCAGCACCCUGUGACACCUGUGACAGCUUCCAGGCUGGCUUUCAAGAGGUCAGCAAAGCCAUCAUCAGCAUCUGCCAGAGCCAGAACAUCCCCUCAGCUCUGAGCAGGUUCCAAGAGGUGGUGGAGGGCACUGAGGGGAGAAGGAUCCUCUCUGCAAGUGAUGUAAGCUACUGGGUCUCGGAGCAAAGCAAAGACCUCUCAUGCAUCAACAAACACCUCCACACACUGCUGGAGCAGCUCAGCCCUCUGAAGUCUGAGCUGGCAGAGUCAAAGAAGGAGAAGGAUGAGCUGCAGAAGCAGGUGGAGGACUUUGCUCAGCUGCUUCAGGUGGAGAAGGAGACCCAAGCACGGCAGAGGAAGGAGGCUGAACAGAGCCUAGAAGUAAAGAACAAAGAGCGUUUGGAGGCUGUAGCCAAGCUGGAGCAGGACAAGGAUGAUCUACGGAGAGGUACAGUGCUGUCUGCUGUCCCCUGCACCCCUUCCCAGGUCUGGGGGUAUUUGCAGGAGGCAGCAGCCUGCAGUCAAAUCUUGGUUCCAGCACCACGAGCAGGGCUUUGGCCACUAGUUUUGCUAGGUCCUGCAUCAGUGGUGAGAAAAUGCUCCCUGUAGGGUCAUUACAUAGUUUUCAGAUGUCUGGCAUGGCUGAGACAAGGGGACGAGCCAUGCUGUGGGUUUACCUGGCCCUUUAUC